UUUUUAUGCUGUUAUUUUUUGUGCAUCUUUUGGAUUAUAUUGUUGUGCAUUUUGAAGUUUUUGUUUGCGUGAAAAUUUACCAGAGAAUUUUCUGUGGGUAUAAUACAAACUAGUAUAUCUUUUUAAUUAUAAUGGAUGACGAUGCUGAAACAUAUAAAUUAUGGCGGAUUCGUAAAACUAUUAUGCAGUUGAGUCAUGAUAGAGGUUAUCUGGUCACACAGGAUGAAUUGGACCAGACACUAGAGCAGUUCAAAGAACAAUUUGGAGAUAAACCUAGUGAGAAACGUCCAGCUCGUUCAGACCUAAUUGUACUAGUUGCCCAUAACGAUGAUCCAACAGACCAGAUGUUUGUUUUCUUCCCGGAUGAACCGAAAAUCGGAAUUAAAACAAUUAAGACUUAUUGUACCCGCAUGCAGGAGGAAAAUAUUCAUCGUGCCAUAGUCGUGGUGCAGGCAGGGAUGACACCGUCAGCGAAACAAUCUCUUGUUGACAUGGCACCCAAAUACAUACUAGAGCAGUUUCUCGAGUCGGAACUACUGAUUAAUAUUACCGAGCACGAAUUAGUCCCGGAACAUGUCGUAAUGACACCAGAAGAAAAACAAGAACUGUUGGCUCGUUAUAAAUUGAAGGAAAACAUGUUAAUGAGAAUUCAAGCUGGAGACCCAGUUGCUCGAUACUUUGGACUAAAGCGCGGCCAGGUAGUUAAAAUUAUACGUCCCUCGGAAACCGCCGGAAGGUACAUUUCAUAUAGAUUAGUUUGUUAGAGAAUAAAGACAAUUUUGUAAGAAUAA